AUGGCGGACUCGGAGCACAUCCAGACCAUCGCGGAUAAGAGUCGCUGCGUGCGGCAGCACUUCCUUGACUUGAUAUUUCUUGUGGACGAAAGGCAGAAAGAUGGCCCAUGGGCUUUGCCACCCUCAGCUCUUUCGGAUGCUCUGGAUCGGUUCAACUUGUGGGUUGGGGACCUCGGCGUCCUGCACAAACCGGUGACAAGGUUAUCACUUGAUUAUCGGCUCUCUAAACAAGUGGAGAUUCGCGACGAGUUAUACCAGCAGUUGGAUGAAAUUGUCGAAGCGGUUGAAGAUUUGACAAGCAUUAUUUCUGGCACUAGCCUGAACCGUGAUACGGAAUUCGACCCGAAUACUGAUCUUGGGCUGGCUUUGGAUGCAAAAUAUCAAGAUGAUGUCCAGACAGGCGGAGAACCUGCUGACGAGGCUCAUAUGAUUCUCGAGGUGAUCUCUGAAUGCAUCAGCUCCCUUUUCCGGAUCGGAAUACUGGUGACCAAAUUAACCACCCGUGACCGAUUCAAGGAAGCACUUCGAGCCUCGGACCCGGUAUCGUCCAACCUCUUCGACAUCAAUUACAUCAAAGAAAGGUAUCCCAAAAUCAGGGCAGACUGGCUAUUAACACGACUGGGCUGUGCCAAUGCCAAACGGAGACAGUUUAUCAAGUAUUGCCAAGACCCUAAUACAUCUCGACAAGCGGCUGAGGAGGAAGGAGAUGACGAUGAUGCAAUCUCGCUGACAAGCGCUUCCACUAUCACGGAUGCGCUACCGACCAGGAGUUUACCGCGCUUAGCCGAGUUGUCAAAAGGGCAGGAGCCGUUCAAGUGCCCUAUCUGCUCCACCCUUCAGUCCUUCGAAAGCGAGAAAUCCUGGCGCCUUCAUGCCUUUCGCGACAUCAAAGCAUACGUGUGCACAGUCGGCGAAGAUGGUUGUGAAAACAAACUUUUCGGGGACCGCGACUCAUGGUUCAAGCACGAGUUGACGCAUCAUCGAACCCGAUACGACUGUGCUUUGUGUACCCAUGGACCACUUGAACCGAAAGACCUACAAGCGCAUAUCCUAAAAACCCAUGGUUUCUUUUCUGGCCCCCAACUGCAGAUGCUUCAAGAAUGGAGUCUAGAGACUCUUCGCACGUUCAACGCGCAGGACUGCCCCUUCUGCGACGAUUGGACUGAUGUCCUCCGCUCAAAAUCAGACCCAAGAGGGAAAGGAUCAGGCUCAGAUCACAGCCGCGCAGAUACCCUUGUUAGUAGCCAUCAGUUCAAGCGACAUGUAGCGACGCACCAAGAGCAGUUUGCAAUAAUUGCUCUACCGCAAGCCAUCGAAAAAGAGGAUUCCGAGGCG